GGCAAGUUUACUGUAAGAAAAAAAAAAAAAAAACAGCCAGGAGGGCGACACAGUGAAGCGCAGCUGAGCUGAGAGGAGAGUUUGCCGAAUACAUGAGACGGUGUGUCCCGGUGUCGGAAAUUACCACUCAGCACCCUGGGAUAUACAUUUGCAAGCAGACAAGUGGCUGCAGGUUGAAGCUGCGUCUUUGCCUUUCUGUGAGAGGAGCAACUCGAACACAACGUUUACAGGAGCGGUUGGCUGCAGCCUAGCUGAAGAUGUCUGAUAAUGGGGAGGUCGAGGACAAGCCACCAGCUCCGCCCAUGAGGAACACCAGCACCAUGAUUGGCUCCUGCAACAAGGACCCCGCCCCCCUCAACCACGGCUCCAAGCCCCUCCCGCCAAACCCAGAGGACAAGAAGAAGAAAGACCGCUCGAUCCGAUUCAUCCUAACAGGAGGAGGUGAUAAGACCUAUAAGAAGAAGGAGCGUCCAGAGAUUUCCCUGCCAUCAGAUUUUGAACACACCAUCCAUGUCGGCUUUGAUGCUGUUACCGGGGAGUUUACUGGUAUGCCGGAGCAGUGGGCCCGGCUCCUGCAGACGUCCAACAUCACCAAACUGGAGCAGAAGAAGAACCCUCAGGCUGUCCUCGAUGUUUUAAAGUUCUACGACUCAAAAGAAACGGCCAACAGCCAGAAAUACAUGAGUUUUACAGAUAAAAAUGUAGAUGCCUACAGCUCCUCUACCACAACGAGCUCCAAGGCCGUGUCCGAGACGCCCGCCAUAGCAACCGUAUCUGAGGACGACGACGAAGACGAGGCCGAGCCCCCGCCGGUGAUCGCCCCCCGACCAGAACACACCAAAUCAAUAUACACUCGCUCAGUGAUAGAGCCCUUGCCUCCCCCUCCGACCAAAGAUGCUGCAACCUCUCCCAUCUCGCCACCAACAGCAACUGCCGCUGCUGUCACCCCCGCCCCCCCUGCAGAGGGAGCUCCCAGCAGCCCUCCCAGUGCAAGCCCCGCCCCCGGGCCUUCUGUGCCCCGACCCCAGGACAAAACUAGGAAAAAGAAGAUGUCAGAUGAGGAGAUCCUUGAAAAACUACGGACGAUUGUAAGUGUGGGAGACCCCAAGAAGAAAUAUACACGCUUCGAGAAAAUCGGACAGGGGGCAUCUGGGACUGUGUACACAGCUAUAGACAUCGCUACAGGACAGGAGGUGGCCAUUAAACAGAUGAACCUGCAGCAGCAGCCGAAGAAGGAACUGAUCAUCAAUGAGAUUCUGGUGAUGAGGGAAAAUAAGAACCCAAACAUUGUCAACUACCUGGACAGUUACCUGGUGGGUGACGAGCUGUGGGUGGUGAUGGAAUACCUGGCUGGAGGUUCUUUGACUGAUGUCGUCACGGAAACCUGCAUGGAUGAAGCCCAGAUAGCUGCUGUGUGCAGAGAGUGUCUUCAGGCAUUGGAGUUCCUCCACUCAAACCAGGUCAUCCAUCGAGACAUCAAGAGCGACAACAUCCUGCUGGGCAUGGACGGCUCUGUCAAACUCACUGACUUUGGGUUCUGCGCCCAGAUCACUCCAGAGCAAAGUAAACGUAGCACCAUGGUUGGGACUCCAUACUGGAUGGCUCCAGAAGUCGUGACCCGUAAAGCUUACGGCCCCAAAGUGGACAUCUGGUCCCUGGGCAUCAUGGCCAUAGAGAUGGUGGAGGGGGAGCCGCCGUACCUGAAUGAAAAUCCACUCAGGGCGCUGUAUCUCAUAGCAACCAAUGGCACGCCCGAGCUGCAGAAUCCAGAGAAGCUGUCGACGAUAUUCAGAGACUUUCUGAACCGAUGUCUGGAGAUGGACGUGGAGAAGAGAGGGUCGGCUAAAGAGCUACUGCAGCAUCAGUUUCUGAAGAUGGCGAAGCCUCUCUCCAGUCUGACUCCUCUCAUUGUGGCUGCUAAGGAGGCUGCCAAGAACAACCGCUAGCAAGCCUUGCACUCAUUAUUCUCUCUCUCUCUUUGUCUACCAUCCCUCCUUCCUCUCUCGUCUCCUUUUUUCACUGACUGCACCAAGCUUGACCCCCCCUUACAGGGAGACAUAAGGAUAGUUUCUUCCUGUAACUUUUUGUUCGACACUCCACUGGACUCGGACAGGAAGAUGGGGUGGUGGGGGGGUGCAAAAUGAAUGACAUCAUCAGUGACCAAAUGAUGUCAUCAUUCACAUCACAGCCCCCUCAGCCGGUACGAACAACACAAUAUAGGAGAGAGAGUGUUUCAACAGUUUUUUUUCUUUCUUCUUAAAUCAAUGUUUGUUUUUUUCUUACUUUGCCUGUAAAAGCCGCGGACCACAACAGCCAACCAGCAACCUCUGCUGUAGACUGUNUGUGUGUGUGUGUGUGUGUGUGUGUGUGUGUGUGUCUGUGUGUCUGUGUGUCUGUGUGUGUGUGUACGUUUGUGUCUUUACCAAGGUCCGUGCUUCCUGUUUUCAGUCUGACUUAUUUCAUCAUCUUCUUUUAAAAAUGCAUUUGUUGAUUUUCAUUUUAACACUUUUUUAAAUCAACAGUUCGGUGUGUGUGUUUGAGUGUGUCUAUUUUUGGUCAUUAAGUUGAUUGUAACAUUACCUUCUGUAGUUUUUGACAUGGAGGAGAUAAGGUUUGGUACUUUGUCGUGUCUGCAGUGUGAGCUGUGAGUUAGAGGGUAUUAAUGUUAAUUAAAAUAAAUGAAAGACUGGCAGGCCCAGAACCAUCGAUGGACAGAGUUUGGACAGUUUGGAGGUUUCCCUUUCCCAAACAGCCAUUUUGGCUCAGUGAUGUCUUUCCAGGAACUUUUCUUUUUUGCUCUUUGUACUUUUUUUUUAGGUUUUUAAAAUAAUUCACAGUUAGUGAUAUUAGAUCAGUAUUUCCCCACAUAUGGGCUCAAAAUCUGACUCAGGUUGCAGCAGAGGUUGUGUUAGACUUUCUUAUUGUUCGUCAUUUUGACAGACAGGUUCGUAAAAAUUACAUCAUAAUCUUAGAUUUUAGCUGCCGCUAGCUGAUAAAUUUUAUCAGUAAUACCAGCUUGUCCUUUAUCCUUCACCACAUCAAUCCCUCUUUUUUAUAUUUGUUGAGCUCAAGAGCUUCAGCAGUGUCAGUAAGUAACAGUGAAUGUUCAACACUUCAGCUGUGGAGAUGUUGCUGAACAUGACUUCUCUAAUUUUUCACUGUUUAAAAUGGAUAAAAUCUUUUUACAUUGUAGAGCUGCGUACAGCAUAUUGAUUUACUUGGCUCUGUUUGAGACUGCUGUGUGUGAGUGUGAGCACCACACCAGGGACAGUUUGUGGGCCAACUGCACACACAUGGUAAUUGCUAACUUUUAGCAACACACAGCCAACGCUACCUAACAGUUAUUAACAGACUCAGUGACAGAGUCGAGCCUGUGUGGUGUUGGAACCAUCAACAGCUCUGUGUUGACUGAGGUAACCUCUUUUACUAAAGCCAGCUAGACAACAAGAGAGAAAUAUACUGGCAGCUUUUAUAAUUUUGUGUGUUUUCAGCACAAAUUGAUAUUAUUCCAUUAUUGUAGCAUUGCACUCCUAUUACAUGUACUGACUCAUGACAGACAGAAGAUCAAAAUAAUUGAAUCUUAUUUCAGUGUUCUGAGUUGAAUGUCUUGUCAGAGCUUUUUGUGUUAUGCUCCACUUUCUGUCUAUCACAUAACAACAACAAAAAGAAUUUAAGUCUUCCCCAGGAAAAUAGAAACUUAAUUGUCACAUCCUUGUUUUGAAAUUACUGAUGUAGACACCACUGAAUGAGCUUUGACAACACUGAAAUUCUCAUUUUAAACCCAAUAAGGUAUUAAAAAGCCUCAAAAAAUUAUAUUUAAAGAGAAGUAUCUCAAAUAUUCUACUUACACAAAUCCAAAAUUGGGUCAGCACAGCCCUUCUAAAAAAAUACAACCAAAGGGGAGAAAAAAGCAGUUAUGAAAUGUGUUUACCCAUGAUCCAUUCUGUCAAACUCACUCCAUCUGCGGCUUUGGGACUUCACUGUCUACAGACUCAACACUAAGACUGUGAGGAAGAGAAUGUGCAUGUCAACAACCUUUUUUUAUACGGUACGUUCAAGAUAGAGAAGAAAAAUAAUAAGUGAGUUGUGUCUAUGCUGGAACGUAAAGUGAUGGUACAUGAAGGAUGCUUGUGUACGAUAGGAAAAAUCAUAUCUUAAAGGAAUAGUUCACCCCCCAAAUGAUCAUGUGUACGUCAGUCACUCACCUUGAAUUUGUGAGGAAAACUGUUUUUCUUGCAUGUCUCCAUGGUGAACAAAGAAUCCAAAAAUGGGGAAAAAAAUAAAUAGAUGUUUUGAUAAGGUUCUGCCAUUGUUAAAUACAGACUCCCUGAAUUUAUUUAUCCAUUUUUGAAAUGAGGCAUGCCAGGAAAACAACGUUUCCUUCACAAAUUUAACAGGUGAGUUACUGAUUCACAAAUGAUCAUUUGGGGGGUAAAGUCCUUUAAUCCUAUUUUCAGAAGAAUGAGACAAAUAAAUGCUACAAUGGUACAGUGUUGUUGUUCUUUUCAGCCUGAUGGAUUGUUGGAUCCCCAGGAACCCUCUGAACAUAAGGUGUAUAUUUUCUGUGCAAAAAAAGAGAAAAAAAAACUGCAUUGACAAAAAAAAAAAGACAACAACAAUCUGUUUCAUCUUUUGUUUACAGACUAUUUUUUAUAAUCUAUCAAUGUCAGAAAAUUCCUUUUUGUUAUGGAUAGCAAGAUUUGAGUAUUUGUUUUGGAUUUUUUUUUUCUGCUGAAUUAAAGGAACAUAGUUUUUCUUGCCAGCAAAAAAUGUCAUAGGUUCAAAUCCUGCAAUAGCCAAAGUUUCCAUCAAUAGCCACAGUCAUUCGCUCUGCAUUUGAGCAUCAGAUAUAAAAUCCUAUGUGAAUAAAACACUUCCAAAACAUCUAUUCAAAACUAUCACUUUGAUUUCUGCUGUUAGUUGUUUUUAUAGUUUUGUUUUUAUGUAGUGUUCAUGUACCUCUGGCCUUAAACUGUUUCAAAGGUGCAAGACUACUUUAGAAUAGCAACAUUGGCAACAUUUUUAGGCAACAGUGAAUGUUGGUGCUGCAACUAACAAUAAUUUCAAUUAUCGAUUAAUCUGAUGAUUGCAUUCUCUGUGAGUGAAAAAAUGUUCACAAUUUCCCAGAGCCCACAAUAAGAUAUUCAGAUGUCCUGUUUUAUUCAACCAAAACCACAAAGUUUAUAAUGAUGGAAAAUAAUUAAAACAGAAUGAUUGGCGUUUUUGCUUAAAAAAAGUACAUUUUAAUUCAAUUCUCAAAAAUAUUUGCGAAUCAACCAAUCGUUGCAGCACUACAUGUUUUGAACUCUACAAAGACCAGUGUGAAUGAUCAGUGGUAAAGUAUCUUUGAGCAUGGCAGUGAAACACACAGCUGAUUAGACUGGCUGCAGUGCGGAGGAUGAACGCAGCUGUAAAAUUCAUUUAUGUGUAUUAACUGCCUGAAACUGUUGCCACUGUGUGUCUGUGUGUCCUGGUCUGAACCCCUGGCAUAGAGCUGGACUUUCUCUGAGAUCUCUCUAAACUCUGUAUGUGAUUUAAAGUUUUGCUGUUAUGAAGCAGUCAUCAAAAGACAAUGUGACAGAGCAUUCUCAGAUGCUUGUUAAUGAAAAAAAACAACACAGGAAUGCAUUUUAAAAUUGUCCUUCAAAGUCUUGGUGAAAUGUUAUUUUUACCUUUUUAAUGGUGUAUUGAUGGGCUCAUAUUAAUCCGACAAAGAAAACGUCUAACUACCAAGAUGUGUGCUGAUGUGAUGGAUCGGACCAAACUGUAAUCAUGAUUUAUUACUUUGUGCCAGAUGAGCUUCACAAUGUUAUUUUUUGCAUUAAAUUGUCGGUUAAAUAAGGAACCACUUAUGCUACAUUCACAUGGAAUCAGGCAGACGGCAGACAGACAACAGGUUCUGGAUGGCAUGGGAAAAACAAACAUACAGUCUGAUGGAAUAGCAGGAUGGAAAAACAAAAUAUGCAUGACAGUAUGUGGUGGUAAUGAUGCCGUAUUGUUGACAAAGAAUAAAAUAAAAUCUAUUAAAUGAAAUUAUUUGGUGUUUAUUAAUUUAUGUAACUUAUCGAGUAACAUCCAGUAAGUCAUCAGAUCACCUGUGUUUCACCUUGUGUGAGGGAGCUAUGUCACAUCCAGUUGUAAAUUCAGCAGAAAGUAAAAAUAUUUUAUCUUUUAGAGGCAGUGCCGUCUACCAUUACUGUUGCCGGUAUUAUCUGCCAGCCUCACCUAAUUUAACUGUCCUGCUCUCGUUCACGAAAACAAUAUCCGUUUUGCCGUCUAUAGUCUCCCUGAUUCCAUGUGAACGCAGCAUCAGUAGUUUCUUAUUUCAAAUAGUCUAAACUUUUAGCAACUGUUAUAGAACAAUCAAGUAACCAGCCCGCUCUCACCGAGAAAUUACCACAUAGGUUGACUGUGCAAGCAUCUUAUUACAACCUGCACUUGGGUUUAUUUUAAGGCAGCGCCCUCUAGCAACCAUAUUAAUUAUAACAGGAGCAGAGGAGGAAGUUACGUGAUGUGGCAUAAGAGGUGACAGUGUCCCCAUAAUGUUGCAUGAAUAUCAAAUAAGCCCCUGUAGGUUGAGUGGGAGGGGUGGUGGGUGGGUCAAACAAGCACAGGACUUUCACCUAGGAGCGUGGUGUUUGCGCCUUCAAAGUCAACAUUAACUUCUUUUAAUAACAACCUAGCCCAGUAUGCUAGAGCACACUACGCUAGUGAUGUAUGGGACAUCUUGAAUGUGACAUAUGUCACAUGUGGUUAAUGCGUUAUGUUGGAGAAAAAAAAGUACUUAUUUAAUGCCAAACCAUGUUUUUUUCCCUAAACCUAACCACAUAGUUUUGUUGCCUCAACCUAACCAAGUAGUUUCAGUGUGAAACUGCAACCAUUUUAUGACGUUUAGGUUGUGUUAAAUGAAAUCGACCUAUUCUGUUGUGUAGGUAUAAGAGUGUUUCAUAUAACACAAGAUAGAUUCAUUUCAUUCAUUCAUUUCAUUACAUUAAUUAAUUGUAGAAAACAAGAUACAUUUCUUUAGUGUAUAAAUCUAGUAUUUUUUUCUUCUUAACAGUUUACAGUGUCCCCUCUGUUGGCAAGUGAAAUACCCGAGGAUUUCAAGUCUAGAGGCCGAUCCAUGAUUAGCAUUCACAUAAUGACGAGCCAUAACAAGAUUCUUACUGCUGAUAGCAGUCUGGUGUUCAGCAGUCGUUGGUUUUAGAGGUCGUUUAGAUUGGCCGACAUACACCAGACAGCAGGGACAAUUCAGAUAAUAGAUAAUGUGAAUAUAAGACAGGAUUUUGAAUUUCAUCUGCAUGUCUGGGAGAAGAUUCUCCUCUGAUUCAAGUCUCCUUCAUCUUUAGCUGCAAAAUGUCACUAAAACAAGGAGGUUGCUUUUAUGUCAGAGGGGAGGGGGCCUUUUGCAUGUCUGUGUCCUCUAUCUCCCGAUCCGUCCAUGAUCAUCCUAUGUCUCCUUUUUUUUUAAUUUGCCAAGAGAAACUACUGUUCCCACAAUAAAAUUACAUCAAAGAGCAUCACAUUCAGCCUCUUUAGAAAACUAUUUCUGCUGACUUGAUGAUGUGUUACAAAUACUGCUGGACCUUUAAACAAGUUGAAUACAAUGAAUUACUUUGGUAAAAUCUAAUCAUCUUACUAUAUGAUGUAACCAUCAACAAGCAGGACACAAGGGGGGCUUCAAACUUGGUACAGUUCAAGUUCUAAAAGGGGGACUUGGUUCAGUCCAGGAUGAGAUGGUCAAAUGAAGUCUUCUCUCCCCAAUGUAUCAGAGCCAUAAUUUAUCUGUUUAUAAGUCAUUUUGAUUAAUUGAAACAACUCUGAAAACUGAAAAAAAGAAUAAAUAAAAGUGUCCAAAAA